AUGCUAGACCAUAAGGAAUCGAAGUAUGAUAUCGGUAAUAAGACGAUUAAGAGACUUACCGACGACUUUACUUCUAAGGUGCCAGACCAAGUUUUCAGUCUAGCUAAAGUUUUAUCGUUUCUAUUAGAGCAGAAAACUUCGCCUUUUAGUGCUGUUACUAGUGUUAAAAACUAG